GAAAUUUUUUCGUAUUACAUUGUCAGUGGUACCAACCACAUACAUCGACAAAAACAAUCGAAUCUUAUAUACCAUCAAUAUUCGGUGACGGAUUACUCGCGUAUACCUGAUGCUGAGAAAGGGCAAGGAAUUCCGGGAAUUUUUUUCAAAUACGACAUUGAACCAAUAUCGGUACGAAUAACAGAGAAAUACACGUUUCUCACAAUUUCUGGUGAGAUUGUGUGGAAUCGUGGGUGGAAUCUGGGUCACAGCUGGUUUCGUGUUUAG